AUGGAAGACGCAGCCAAGACGUUGUGGUCGCUCAACCGCGCCGACGGCAACCACAUCGUUCCUGGCAAGCAAAUCCCCGACGGUCUCGUACAAGUGCUCCACGCCACCAAAGAAAAUAGCCAGCGCGUGAGCUACGCACGCGAAGAAUUCAUGGAAGCGUUUGGUCCGUCGGUCGAACACGUGCUGCAUCUCCGCGUGAUGGAGAAAGACCGCAUCUUGAUCAUGGCCCGCACGAUCGCCCAAGACGCAGCGUUUGCCCCGCGCGUGGUCCGCCAGUCGUGCCGCGAAUGGAACGAAAUUCGAGAUAUUGGCAAUGGCCAGAGCCUUGUGCGCUCGGUUGUGUUUGCCGAGCCCGCGGCGGCGUACGAGACGAUGACCGAGUACGUGCUUGAUCUAUUCCCGCAUGAGUAUGAGCGCGCGCUUGCGAUGCGCAAGGACGAUAUGGUCGUCGGGUCCCUCGAGUGGGAAAACUAUCUCCAUCGGUUCAUGCUCACGCUCGGCGUUGCUUGCUCGCGCCACUACUUUGCUUUUUUCAACAAAAUACUUGGCGAUGUACAGGACCGACCGCACAUGUACUCGUUUUAA